AUGUCGGAAGCUCUCCUUGAACAAUUGCGCGAGGCGGUGGAGGCGCAGAUUGACUUUGAGGGCCAGAGACUGGCUGAGAUGCUGACCACGGUGCUUCUGGGGGCAGCUGGUAUCCUCGCCUUUGUGAUCGGCUACUUUACCCAGGACAUUCGUCUUGCACUCUACAUCGGCCUUGCCGGCACUGCGCUCACCUUCGCCGUCGUCGUUCCACCGUGGCCUUUCUACAACAAGAAUCCCGAGGGCUGGCUGCCAGCACACAACACCACCUCAUCCGGCUACAAUGUCGACGUGGACGGACAGAAAGUGGGUUAG